AUGAUUCAUUCAGAAAGUGAUUAUAUAUUAGAACAAUUACCAAUAUUGUACGAUAAAACAAAACUUAUACAAAAGAUUGAUGGAAGAGGACAAAUAGCUAUUGAUCAACUAUUUAGAAUUUAUGUUGAUCUCUUACUUAUCCCUUUUUUAGAAUUCACUGAUAAUUUAAUGGAGAGUAUCAUGUAUCCUGAGGGAUUCCUUACUUCUCCCGCCAAACUUAUUAGAGAUCACCUAAGAUUAGAUGUCAAACAUAUGAAGAUAUCUACACCUACUACCACCCUUUCAUUAGGCCAUCCAAUUAUUUUACAGGUGAUUUCACUGAAGAAUGAAUUAAAGACAGUGUCAAAUGCUAAUUUUAAAGGAGAUAAAUCCAAGAUUAUUCAUCUAUUUAUUAGAUCUAAGGAAAUCCUAAAACAAAUUUUUCAACUAUUAGCAAGAGAUAAGAUUGUUCCUUCUAGAGAAGUAAUAGACACCCAAAUUUUAGAUAGAUUCACACCAUAUAUGACUGAGUUGAGCAAAUUGUUCGAACUAAUAUAUCCUGUUUUUAAAUCACUUAUUGAUACACAAAAAAAAUCUAAAUUAGAGGAAGCCAGCUCUGAGAUCUUCGUAAACAUGGAUAAAAUAGUAUCUAUUAGUAAAGACUUAUAUAUUAAUAUUAUCAAAGAAUCGUCUACACUAAAAGAUUUUCUAGUGUGGAGGCAAGACUUAUCCUGUAAAAUCGACAACAAGAAAAAUUUGGAUGACAAUACUGAAUUUUCAACGUUUGUACAUCAUAGAAAGACAUUGUUAAACUUAAAUAAUAGAAGAAUAUUUUAG